AUGAGAGAUGGGGUUCCAAUGAAAUUCUCAGAUUCUUUAUCCAUCUCUGAUACUGUUAAAAAUUGGUUGAAGGAGUUGGAUAAUGAUGACGGGUUAAUUCUUGGUAAGAAAAUAAUGAAUGAGAAACUCCCAACUGUAGUGGAGACUAUUGUGCAUGAAAGAGAUAAGUACAUGUCCUACACAUUACUAAAAGUGGCAAGUGAUAAAAGAUCAGUUGUUGCUGUUGUUGGAUUAGGGCAUCUAGAAGGAAUAAAGAAGUAUUGGAAGCAACCUAUCAAGAUUCAAGAUCUCAUCACAGUUCCACCUCCCAAACCUGCUAUCCCAAGAAUGAAAAUCAUUGUAUCUGUCAGCAUGGUUGUGGCUGGAAUGGCCGUAUUAUUAAACACCUAUCUUUAA